AUGAAUGUUAAAUUAAGUGAUGCGAAUUCGAAGCCCGUUCUUGAUUUGUUUUACAAAGCUGUGUACUCUUACACGCCAGCAAACUUUGAAGAAGCUUUGAGGGGAAUACAUGCAAUUGGAGAUGGACAUGUUGCUAACUAUAUCAGAACUAUUCCAAAGGAGAAAUGGGAAAAUGAGUUUUUCCCUGUAUGCAGAUAUGGUGCUCACUCUUUAACUCUUGCCGAGUCCAUUAACAACUGGGUUCUUCCUUUCAAAAAGUUGCCUGCUUUUGUUCUUCUCGAUGCGGUACGUUUGAAGGUUAUGGAGCAAAUAUCUGAGAGAAGGAUACUAGGUCUGGAAACAUUCAACACUAGGCUCACUCCUGAAUAUGAGGCUUUACUAAAGGAAAACAUCGACAUUGGUCGUACUUGGACUGUUGUUCAGUCCAUGGAAAGAUUGUAUGAAGUCAGGUGGCGAGUGAAUGGUUUUCCUUGUGCGCAUGCUUGUGCUGCCAUUCAAGCUACUAGAGAAGACAUCUAUUCAUUUGUUGAGCCAUACUUCACCACCGAAUGGUACAACAUGACAUACCAGGAGAUCAUCUUUCCAAUCCCCAAUUAUGACAAGCCGCAGUCUUAUGAUCCUAGUGAUAGGGUUAUUGUUCCUAUUCAUGUUCCUCCACCAGGUAGACGAAGAACACAGCGCUUCAAGAAUGCAUAUGAAAAGAAAAAGAGGAAAAUGAUGUGA